UUUGCAUCGAGAUUCGCGCCCGAUUAAGAUAAUUUUUUUGACGACGUAUCAUUAAUAUUCUCGUGAGAUCGAAGAACUAAUAUGAUGACAUAAAUAAUAGAAGGCUAAAUCAUUGAUUGAUUGAUUAUGAUGGUAGAACAAGCAAGCAUAUAUUAAGGCAAGAGGAAGGAACAAGAAGGAAAAAAUAUAUAAUAAUAGAGAAUAUCCUCCAUAAUAAUAAUAAAUAUUAUAAACUCUCAAUAAAUAUUAAGCAUUUGCUAUAAUGUCGUUAAUAUGGUUAGUUAAGUUGGUAACAUAACACUUUUAUUAAGAUAACAUUAAUACCAUGUUAUCAUAACUAAUUUGAAGAAACUAGAUUUAGUUACUAGGAAAUUAUUUUAAAAUUAAUAUAUUAAAAUUAUAUUAUUUAUAUAUGUAAAUGAUUUUAAAUUAUCUAAACCAAAUUACAACCGUUUGAUCUUAUCUUACUCCUCUCGAUCUCUCGAUAUUCCCGCCCACGUUCCUCACAACUCCCGUCGCUAACUACCCACUCUCUCUCCCUCUCGCCUCGUUCGAAUUCACCCACACAGAGCCCCUCCCGCUCUCUUGUUCGCUAUUUGCCGCUCGCUCGAUCUUCACGCACGAAGAAUUCGAUAAUGAAAUCUCGAACUUCACCAUGAUGAACUCCUCAAAUCCUUCUUCUCCUCCUCCAGCGGAUCCUCCCGUUUCACAUCCUCCUCUUCCUCCUCCCAAUCAUCCCCAACGCUUUCCACCACCAAAACCACCCGCCGGAGCCACAAAGCGACGGGCCCCAAAAAAGCCCGAGUUCUCCGGCAUGCCGGAAGCCAUUCCGCCUUGCACUGAAUGCGGGAAGCUCUUCCCCUCAUGGAAAGCUCUGUUCGGUCACAUGCGAUGCCAUCCAGAGCGCCAGUGGCGAGGAAUUAUUCCGCCGCCGCAUUCUCCCCGGGCCCAGUUCACCGACGAGGAACACCAAGUCGCCUCCUCACUCGUUCUACUCGCCAACGGCCCACCUGCGGAAACCUCCUCCGGCGAACUCGGCGGUGCCGCCAUUAUCCAGCCAUUGUCUUCUUCCUUUGAUGACUCAAUCAAAAGUAAGAAAAGAAAGGGUUUUCGAGAUCAAUUUUCUCCUUCUUCCUCUUCUUCUUGUUUUUGUUCGGAAGACGAGUGCUUGCUGGAUUUAAACUUGCCGCCGCCAUUGGAGAGUGCUGAAGGUGGAAACAGUCCGGUUUUGGAGCUAAAGCUUGGAUUUGAUUAGAACAAUUUUGUUUUGAUAAUUGUAUACUAAAGUAUAUCGUGUUUUAGUGAUUUUUGUUGUUGUUGUUUUCGUUAAAUCCAUCUUUUUCUUGUAUUGCGAAGCAGGGGGAGAUUGUGCAGACUGGAUUUGUACACUUGUUAUAUACUAAAACAGACAUGUUGAACAUUUUUCUUCUUCUUCUUCUUCGAAGAAAGAUUUGUUUUUUGUGUGUAUAUUAUUGGUUUUGAUAAACUUUGUUAAA